AUGAAGAGUCCCUACAUCGAAUUAUUCCUUCUUUACGCCCUCAAUUUAGUAGCCGCGGGAGCCCAACUUUUCUUGAAGGCCUUAAAUAUCCGAUUUCGCAGCCACGGAGAAGAACGACGACGGUCAAUCGCUUCCAUUUUCGCCAUUAUCGGUGCAAAAACACUCAUUUUUGUACUCUCACUGCCGCCCGUUCUUGCCGUCGUUCUCUCCACACCAUGGGACGGCUUUCUGGUGACCAGGACGCAUCUUUGCGCGAAGGUCAUCAUGCUUACUUAUCUCUUCGAUUUGACCUACCGCCGCGCCAACGCCAUUCUAUGGGUCCACCACACCCUCACAUUCGCGGCCAUCCUUUUCAUCCUGCGCAACACAAGUCCGUCAGCGCCGGGAAUCGCCGGCCUAUGGAUUUCGAUCCCCGCCGUUUUCGCAGGGGUCGGCAUUGGCGUAACUGAUAUCGGAGGCGACAUCGCGGUUCUGCUCUACUACAUCGCGCCGCAAAGCAUAGCAACGGCGCAAGCAAUUCGUGCGUGUGGAGGCUAUCUCAUGCUGGGACGGGCGACGGGAUGGUCGAUUGUACUGGCGUUCGUUUCCCGAGGCCAUUGGAAAGCCUUGGAACUGAAUUUCCCGAUGACAAUCGUGAUAUCCGUGGUCUUGCUCGGUUGGGUGAUGGCAGAGGUCGAAGAGAUAUUUGCUAUAUUGGGAAUGAGCGAAAGAAUGCGGUCGAAGGUCACAACCCAGGAGAAAUCCUAG